CACUGUUAUCACUCAUCUCCCGCCCGACUGAUAACAAAAAAAGUUUCGCCGACUUCCCAGUUCCGAAUGUUCGGUUUCGAUACUUCACGUUAGUGAACCUUUAACUCGUGUCUGAUCUUUAUUGAUAUGAUUGAGUUAGGGACCAACAUUAUUAUGCCAUGGUAAUGUACAAUUGACGAACUCUCACAGUUACGGAAUGUGUCUUAACUAGACGAGUAAACGACGCUUUAAAUAGAAAAUUUCGUAACGAUGGUUCGUACAGCUAUUUUUUCCGGAUCCAGUUAUCGACUGUGUAAGCGAUAUGUAGCGGAAAAGGUUGCCUGUGCAAUCAAUAAAAAUUCAGCAGACGUAAUAAAUGAUUUCAUAGCUAACCUGAAAAUAGGCAAAGGAAAUUCUAUGAACGAUAUUGGUUUCCACAUGCCUCUUAAUAUUAUUCAAAAACAUUUUGGAGCAGAUUCAUUAAAAGAUUUUAAAAUACCGAGUCAUGAAAUAACAACUUCUAAAUUAAAUCCUCAACAUGUAAUAAUACAUUUGAAUAAAUAUGAUUUUAUAAAUGACAUACUUAAAAACAAUAUUGAUUUAACUCGACAACAGUGUAUGCAGAAUUCUAAACCUGUCAUCAUUGAUUUUAGUUCUCCAAACAUUGCAAAACCAUUUCAUGUUGGUCAUUUACGUUCAACUAUUAUUGGAAACUUUAUUUCUAACUUAACAAAUUUUAUCAAUGGCCGUGUUGUUCGUAUUAACUACCUAGGUGACUGGGGACCUCAGUUUGGUUAUACUCUACUAGGAUUAGAACAAAUGAAACCAGAUAUGUCUAAUAACAAUAUGACAAUAGAAUCUUUACACAACGCAUACAUACUAGCCAAUCAAAUGGCAACAGAAGAUUCGAGCAUUCAUAUCAAAGCUAAAUCUAUAUUCAAAGAUUUAGAGUGUGGUAAUUCUACUUCUGAUAUUAAUAACCUAUGGAAUAAAUUUAGAUCAAUCACUAUUAAUGAAUUAGAAAUUAUUUAUAAGAGACUGGGAAUAGUCUUUGAUGAAUAUGAUUGGGAAUCAAAAUAUUCAAAGGAGAAAAUUCAAGAUGUUCUAGAACAGCUCAAUAAAACUGGUUUAUUAAAACUUAAGGAAGAUGGAUCUACUGUUGUGCUUUCUAAUAAUCAAGAAAUCACAAUUUUAAAAAAUGAUAAUUCUACAUUAUACUUAACACGAGAUAUCGCUGCUGCACUUAGACGCCACAAAUAUUAUGGUUCAGAAGAUUUAUUUUAUGUUGUUGAUAAUACUCAAAGCAAACAUUUUUACUUGCUGAAAUCCAUAAUUGCUCAAAUUAAUUCAAAUAUAAAUGUGCAUCACAUUCCAUUUGGGAGGAUACAUGGUAUGAGCUCAAGAAAAGGACAGGGAAUAUUAUUAGAUCAACUUCUAAAUCAGGCAAAAUCCACUAUGAACUUAAAAAGAAAAUAUUCUGAAACUACCAAAAUUAGUUCAACAGAUGAUAAUGAAGUAGCAGAUAUAUUAGGAGUAUCUGCUAUAAUAGUAAAUGAUCUAAAACAAAAACGAAAAAAAGAUUACAAUUUUUCUUGGGAGUCAGCAUUGCAGGUAAAUGGAGAUACUGGCAUUAAACUCCAAUAUACUCAUUGUCGUUUAAUAAGUUUAGAAGAAGUUAAUUGCAAUAUAACUUUACCCAACAAAGUCAUUGCUGAAUGUUUUACUGAAACUGUUGCAUUGGACUUAAUUUUAGAAAUAUGUCGAUUUGAAGAUAUAUUAACAGAAACUAACCAGGAAUUAGAAGCAUGUAUUUUAGUUAACUAUUUAUUUCGAUUAUCCAAUUGCAUCAACAAAGCCUUAAAAGUUUUAAAUGUUAAAAAUUCUAGCAGUACUAUUGCUCAGCAGAGAAUUUUGUUGUUUUGCAGAGCUAGAGAAACUCUUAGUGCUGGAAUGAAAAUUUUAGGAUUAGUACCAUUAAAAAGUAUGUAAUUUUAACUAAUUUUACUUAGUAAUUUCUGUUCUAAUGUACAAAUCUAAAGAAUAAAAAUAAUUUGUAGUUUUUA